GCUUUCAGACUUUCACAAGAAUUUGAACGGUCGCUCUCGUAAAUCGCAACCACUCAACAUAUGGGAAGUAGACUAGUAGAAGAUGUAGUACCUGACACAGGGCUCAACAGCCACGCAAAUACCAUGUACCUGUACUCAUGCCAAAGAGCCUCUCCGUGGCCGUUCCUCCGCCGAUGCCCGGCAAAAUUCCACCGGAUUUCCGGCAAAUUCGUGGUCUCGUCCUCCUUCAUCGCUUCCGCCAACGCCGUUGCCGCGGCCGCCUUGGGCUCCGGUUCCAUCCAUGGUGCCGUCACCUCCACCAUCACUCAAGUCGCGGUUACCGCUGUCGCCAUCGCGUCUGGUGCUUGCCUCUCCACCAAGGUUGAUUUCUUGUGGCCCAAACUGGAGGAACAACCCGGCUCUUUUAUUAUCGAUGGAGUUGAUGUAACCGGGUUACCUAUUUUCAGUGAUGCAAAGGUGCAAAAGGCAAUUGCAUUUGCCAAAAAGGCUCACCAUGGGCAGUUUCGAAGAACAGGAGAGCCUUAUUUAACCCAUUGUCUCCAUACUGGAAGAAUCUUAGCAAUGCUAGUUCCAUCGGCUGGCAAACGAGCUGUUGACACAGUUGUCGCGGGCAUUAUGCAUGAUGUGAUUGAUGAUACAUCUGAAAGUUUACGUGGUAUAGAGGACAACUUUGACGAAGAUGUGGCAAUGUUGGUAGCUGGUGUUUCUAAAUUAAGUUAUAUAAACCAGCUAUUGCGCAGACAUCGCCGGAUUAAUGUCAAUCAGGGUACCCUUGAUCCUGAAGAGGCAAAUAAGUUACGAAUUAUGCUCUUGGGUAUGGUUGAUGAUCCACGUGUGGUGCUCAUCAAGCUUGCAGAUCGUCUUCACAACAUGAGAACCAUUUAUGCCCUGCCAUCACCAAAGGCUCGAGCUGUUGCACAGGAAACCUUACUCAUCUGGUGCUCUCUUGCCUCCAGAUUGGGUCUGUGGGCACUGAAAGCAGAACUUGAAGACUUGUGCUUUGCAGUUCUUCAGCCUCAAAUGUUUCGGAAGAUGCGAGCUGAUUUAGCUUCAAUGUGGAGCCCUGAAAAAGGAGUAGGACAUUCAAGAAGAAUAUCUUCAAAGGCCAACUUGCUUAACUUGGAUGUCAAGGAAUUGGAUUUUGAUGCCGAAGGUUUUGUGGCAGUUGAUGGAGAUGGGACAAGCAUGAAGGAUCUUUUGGAAGCUGUAGUGCCUUUUGAUGUCUUGUUGGAUCGUAGGAAACGGUCUUCCUAUAUAAAUACUCUUAGAAAAACUUCAGAGAAAGAAUCAAAACCAAAGGUUGUACAGGAUGCUGGAACUGCUUUAGCAUCUUUGGUCGUCUGUGAGGAAGCUCUUGAGCGGGAGUUACUAAUAUCAACUUCUUACAUUCCAGGAAUGGAAGUAACUUUAUCUAGCCGACUCAAAAGCUUGUAUAGUAUCUAUAGCAAGAUGCAAAGAAAAGAUGUUGCUGUUAAUCAAGUUUACGAUGCCCGUGCAAUGAGAGUUGUUGUUGGAGACAAGAAUGGAAGCUUACAUGGACCUGCAAUCCAGUGUUGCUACAGUCUUCUCAGCGUUGUACAUAGGCUUUGGACCCCCAUUGAUGGUGAAUUUGAUGAUUACAUUAUUAACCCUAAGCCUAGUGGUUAUCAGUCUCUGCACACUGCAGUUCAAGGUCCAGACACUGCUCCUUUAGAAGUCCAGAUAAGAACACAGAAAAUGCACGAGUAUGCAGAGCAUGGACUCGCUGCACACUGGCUUUACAAAGAAACGGGAUACAAGCUGCCUUCUGUAAGUAGUAUGGCUGACUCUGAAACAGAUGCAUCCUCCCAUCCCUCCAAAGAUAUGGAAGAUCCCAAUUCCACUGGAGAUGAUUUCUUUUAUAAGUAUAGUUCACUUAAGGUGGGACAUCCCGUCCUUAGGGUCGAAGGAAGUCACCUACUUGCUGCUGUUAUAAUCAGGGUAGAUAAGGAUGGACGAGAACUGCUUGUUGCUGUGAACUUUGGACAGGAAGCUUCUGAAGCAGUAGCUGAUAGACGAUCAUAUUUCGAAAUAAAACGAUGGGAAGCAUAUGCUAAGUUAUACAAAAGGGUCUCAGAUGAAUGGUGGUGUGAACCAGGACAUGGUGAUUGGUGUACCUGUCUCGAGAAAUAUACACUAUGUCGCGAUGGUAUGUACCACAAGCAAGACCAAUUUGAACGGCUGCUCCCAACCUUCCUCCAGAUCAUUGAUCUAACUGAGCAGGAAGAAUCUGAAUAUUGGGAUGUCGUAUCUGCUAUUUUUGAGGGAAAAUCAGUUGAUUCUGUCGUAUCUAAGCCAACCUCAGACCUUGUGCCUUCAACUUCUGCACAAACUGGCAUCAAUAACAAGGUGCGUCUAUUAAGGACAAUGCUUAAGUGGGAAGAGCAAUUGUGGUCAGAUGCAAAUCUUGGACAGCCAAGGCAAGAGAGAAGCUCCUAUAGUACUUCAGAUUCUGUUGUCCUUGGAGAAGUGGUAAUUGUAUGUUGGCCUCACGGUGAAAUAAUGCGAUUGAGGUCUGGUAGCACUGCUGCAGAUGCUGCUAGAAGAGUCGGACUUGAUGGCAAGAUUGUUUUGGUCAAUGGUCAGCCAGAAUUGCCCAAUACAGAGCUCAAAGAUGGAGAUGUUGUUGAAGUUAGAGUGUAAAUAUGCUCAUGAUGUAAAAAUGGACUGGUUUAUAUGGAAAGUUAAAUUGCAGCUUAAUGCCCAUUAUAAUCAUCAGUUCAUCACAUCCAAGUUCAGAUAAGUGUACACUGAGGAUAUGGAGUAAUUUACUGCAGAAAAUGGAAGGACAAUGCUAACUCGUAGCGUUCAUUUCAGAAAAAAUCACUGUCCUCUUCAAGGUGGUACAAUGACCAGGUGCCUUCUAUGAUGUACAAAGUAGUUUAGACCUAGACUGUUGUGACAGGUGCCAAAUUAGCUUCUUCUAUGAUCUGAUACUAAUUGAUAGCGAAAUAGUUUAAAGCCGGACGGUUGUGACAUACAUGUAUCUUUCAAGAAACAGACUGCUUUAUGCAAUUGGCAGGUUUGAAAUUGUACAUGGUAUUGUUCUACCAUUUUUAGUCCAUUUGUUAAUAAUAUUGUGAUUUUUA